AUGGCUAGGAUGGUAGGCGCGGCGUUCUUGCUGCUACUUGGGCAUGUCGCAUCCUCAGCACGUGUCCGCGACGUGGUUGAGAUUCGAGAGCCCAAACAGGAGAAGAUCGUGCCCAACCCUGAAGACGAAGAGAGGCACAGGUACAUCCACGACGGCAAAGAAUACAACCGACCACCAAACCUCUUCGAUGUCGGAGGCGGGGAACUGAAGCUCCUACCCGAGGUUCUUUCCAACCUCAACUUCGAGACUCGCGACUUCAAGGACGAUGGAACGGCGGCCGAGCAGAAGGAGCUACGAGACUCGCGACCCUGGGGUCGACUGUACAUCGACGAUUGGCCGGCGCCGAUCCAGUACCUAAGGUCUCUGCGGUAA